AUAAGUCUGAUCCAAAAUUGAAUGAGGGCAACAACUCUGCGAGUUGAGUACGACAGCUCUAAAUUUGAACUAAUAGCCUUGCAUUAGUGCGAAUUUGUUGGUUUAAACAUGAUGCUUUCCAUACGUUCAAUAUAUUCACACGGUCAAACAAUUCUAGAUCCUUUGCCCCACCAUUCAUUUCUCAAGUAAAGUUAGCUGACUUCUAGGACCCUUUUAGAUCACAAAUUAGAACAAGAAAGCGUAAAGAUUUUUGUUUUGUCUCCUCCUCCUCCUAAUUAAUUAUCCCUCAACUCAAGACCAUCUUUAAAUCCCAAACUUAUACACACCCUUUUUUUGUUGGGCAAUCAAAUUUUAACUUUUCCAUGACAGAUUUUAAGCUUUUUUCUUUCUUCUCUGCUUUUUUCUCUUUCUUAAUAGUCUCCCUUGCUGUUGAUACCAUAGCCGUCAACCAGACAAUCAGAGACGGCGAGACUAUAGUUUCUGCUAGCGGUAGAUUUGCUCUGGGAUUCUUCGGCUACAGCGGUUCAAGCAGUCGAUAUGUUGGAAUUUGGUAUCCUUUCUCUAAUAAGACUGUGGUCUGGGUUGCCAACAGAGCAAUGCCACUCAAUGAUUCAUCAGGAGUUCUGCAACUUACCAGCAGGGGAAUUCUUGUUCUCCAUAAUUCAACAAACACUGUCAUAUGGGUCACCAACACAUCAAGAGUGGUGCAGAACCCAGUAGCUCAGCUUUUGGACUCAGGGAAUCUUGUUAUUAGAGAGGCAAAUGACACUAAUGAGGAUAAUUACUUAUGGCAAAGUUUUGAUUACUUAAGUGACACGUUUUUACCAGGCAUCAAGUUUGGGAGGAACUUGGUAACUGGCCAUGAUCGAUAUCUUGUAUCCUGGAAAAGCACCACCGAUCCUUCUUUAGGUGAUUCUACAACUAGGCUUGAUCCCGGUGGGUAUCCCCAAAUAUAUAUCAGGAAAGAUGAGAAUAUAGUGUUUCGUUCGGGACCUUGGAAUGGUCUUAGAUUCAGUGGGAUGCCUAAUUUGAAACCAAACCCAAUUUAUACUUACGAGUUCGUUUACAAUCAGCAGGAGAUAUAUUACAGGUAUGAUCUUAUUGGCAACUCCGUUAUUUCAAUGAUGGUGCUAAAUAAUGAUGGUAUCUUCCAGCGUCUUACAUGGUCGAAUAGCACUCAAACUUGGAACCUGUACUUAACAACACAGAUGGAUAACUGCGACAGAUAUGCGGUUUGCGGUGCAUAUGGAACUUGUAACAUUAACAAUUCGCCGCCAUGUGCUUGCCUGGAUGGAUUUGUACCGAAAGAUGAGCAAGCUUGGGAUUCAGGGUAUUGGUCUAACGGAUGCGUAAGAAAGAAUGGAUCAAUUUGUAGGGCAGGAGAGGGGUUUCAGAAAAUAUCAGGCGUCAAAUUGCCAGAUACGAAAAAUUCCUGGUUUAACAGGACCAUGGACCUUAGAGAAUGUGAGAGUGUGUGCCUGAACAAUUGCUCUUGUACAGCUUAUUCAACUUUGAAUAUCACAGACGGAAGUGGAUGCUUGCUUUGGUUUGAGGAACUCAUUGAUAUCAGACAGUACACUGAAAAUGGGCAAGAUUUUUACAUUAGGCUGUCUGCCUCUGAUUUGGAGUCCAGUCACAGCUCUGGGAAGCAAACACGAAUCUGGAUCAUAGCUGUCUGUAUAUUGGUUGUCGUAGCUUGUUUCCUUGGUCUAUUCCUGCUGUUGCAUAUCAGAAGGAAGAGGUUUCAGAGAAGAGAAAGCAUAGGAAGGAUGCAAGACAGAGACUAUACUGAUGAAAGCAGGGAAAAAGAUUUAGAGCUGCCACUGUUUGACUUCUCCACUGUAGCAAAUGCCACGGACAACUUUUCAGAAUUCAAUAAGCUUGGAGAAGGUGGUUUUGGACCUGUUUACAAGGUAUGCCUUUGAAUGAGGAAUUCUUUU